AGGUGAUCGAGCACGAAGGCCAUUUGGCACUUUGCUUCCAGCUUCAAAGAUGUGACUUGCGAUCAGCUUUGAAGCGUUGGGGUCAAGGAGCGGGUUUGCCUCUUGGGCUCGUGCGAAAUUAUGCUCGGAACAUGUUCUUGGCCUUGCGCGCUUUGAAACUGGUGAGCAUUGUACACAGUGACCUGAAGCCAGACAACCUUUUGGUGUCGAUGGACAAGAUGUCCGUCAAGCUGUCGGACUUUGGGUCAGCCAUGGAUGUGAAGGAUCGUCUCCGCGCGGAGAAGGCCUCUGAAUCCCUGCAGCCGCGCUUCUACCGGGCGCCUGAGGUGAUCUUGGGCUUGCCGUAUGACACGCAAAUCGAUGUGUGGAGUGCUGGCUGCACGGUGUUCGAAAUGGUCACAGGCAGAUUCCUUUUUGUUGGCCGUGACAACAACGAGAUGCUCUACCGAAUAAUGAAGCAGCUUGGAGCGUUCUCGCGGAAAUUCUGUGGAAGUGGCAAGCUGUCAGAGCGUCAUUUUCGGAGAGAGGAUGGGGCCUUCCGAUGCGGCGCUGAUGCCAGUGGCGAGCCGCUGAAGUUCAUUGGGCGCGAGGACUUCCCACGUCCUGCGAGGCCGAUCUAUGAAGAGCUGCAGGAACCUUUACAGCUCAAUGGAAAUGAAACUGGCCAAGUGGCGGCGAAAGCCUUGGUGGAGUUGAUCUUGGCGUGCGUGACACCUGAUCCGGCACUCCGUGUGGAUCCCGAAGCCGCACUGAGCACUUGCUUUCUUCGGCCAUCGGGCAAUCGAGUCCAAUGAGAUUCGAGAGAAACGAUUGUCGCUUGUUCAAAACUGUGGGAGGCCAUGUUUUGGCUCCCCAUGUAAGGGCCGUCAUCAUUUUGGCGCCUUUUUUCGUACUCAUUAUUGUUUCCUGUUCUUGUCAUGAUUUGAACAAGAGGGCUUGAAGCGUUGCUGCCGCAGUUGUGCAGUGGGCCAGUCCAGUUUGAAUUUGCAGUUGAUUGAUUUCGUGCGAACCCCACUUGCACAUUGAGACGGGUUGAACUGCGAUUCAGUUCAGAGCCUGAGUGGCACUAAGCCAAUCAUGUUGGCUGUUCAAACGCUUAGGAGCCACAGUCAAGGAUGAUUCCAUGGUCUCCAAUGCGUGUGAAAAGACCUGACAUGUCCAGACUGAUGAGUAGGCAGAAACGCCCGGCCAACUGAAUUAAACCAACGGACGAUUUCAAGUCAAUUGGCUUUGCAGCUUUGAAUGCUGAGGCAGCAUGAAUCGAACUCGCACCUUGCCGUGCAAGGGUGUCGCCACCCAGCUUUGAUGCACAGGGAAUCAACAGUUUGUAAUGACUUCAAGAACUGAUUCGCGGCAUGCGUGUUCUCAGAAAGAGCGACAUUUGUCGGAACAAGCCUGUUGAUUGUAAGCUACGGAGGAUGCCUUUGUGGAG